AGAUGUAGAAAAAACGAGAGAGAGAAAAGGAAACGGGCAUGUGUGCUCUCUAGAAUGUACUUAAUCAAGAGUCGGGUGGGCAUAUAAAGCCAUGUGUGUAUCGGUCUCCGUGACUAUAGUGCGAGCAGCAGCAUCACCUCUACUCCUGCGAGACAGACGACACUAUGGAGCUAGAGGUUAACAAGGGGGUUGGUCGGGCCAGACCUGCCCGGAGUAGGGUCAAUGUCUGGGGGCCCUCCUGGGCUCUGUCUGGCCGUCUGGGGGUCCGGGUGCUGAUGCACAGAGACCACCUCACCUGUCACUUCCUGCAGGGUUCUCUGCCUCGCUUCUGGCUGCAGCGUUACUGGGGCAAGCAGCGCUUUUGCCAUCUCUCAUCCUUCUCUCGUCUUUUCCCAGCCCUGAGGGAGCGGAACAAGUCCUCGCUGGCUCCUGAGGGCCCCUCCGGCUCGCCGCAAGUCCCAGACAUGACCCUCAGCCCACGGAGACCCAGUGCUCAGCCUGCUGCCUCCAGCAGCUCUUCCUCCAGCAACAGUCACAUUGCUGCAGCCAGCCUCAACCUCAACCACAGCCACAACAGCAGCUCUGGAUCCCUCCCGGGGGACAUGGACGAGAUGGACAGCCUCCGCUUCGGGAUCAAGCGCUUCAACGAGUAUGCGGUGUCCCUGACCCCUUCCACCACUGACUCCAUCAUCGUAGAGGACGCAUACUACUCUGCGGUUCAAGCUGAUCUGGAGUCAGAUGCCCAGGACUUGGAUGUGGAGUCAUGGAGCCUGGCUGUGGACCAACAGUACCUGAAGAAACACACCAAGGAGAUGGUCAAGAGACAGGACGUCAUCUAUGAGUUGAUGCAGACAGAGAUGCAUCACGUACGGACCCUGAAGAUCAUGUUGCGUGUGUACGUGAGGGAGCUGAAAGAGCACCUGCAGAUGGAUGAGCGGUGUCUGGACUGUCUGUUCCCGCGCCUGGAGAGCCUACUGGAGCUACACACACACUUCCUGUCCCACCUCAAAGAGCGGCGCCGAGACGCCACGCAGCCCGGCAGCGACAAGAACUACAACAUACAGAGACUCGCUGACAUCCUCACCGCACAGUUUUCAGGUGAGAGAGGGGAGCGGAUGAAGGAGAGCUAUGGUGAUUUCUGUAGCCGCCACACAGAGGCUGUCAGCUACUACAAGGAGCAGCUGCACAACAAGAAGUUCCAAAACCUCAUACGGAAAAUCAACAAUUUGUCAAUUGUGAGAAGAUUAGGAGUGACAGAGUGUAUUCUCCUGGUGACACAGCGCAUCACGAAGUACCCAGUGCUGGUGGAACGCAUUGUGCAGAACACAGAAGUGGGCACAGAGGAGCAUGAGGAGCUGACAAGGUCUCUGGGUCUGAUCAAAGACUGCAUCGUCCAGGUUGAUGCCCAGGUCAACCUCCAUCAGAAGGCCUCGCGUCUCCGAGAUAUCGCCCACAAGAUAGAGCCCAAGUCUCUGGGCAAGAUCAAAGAUGGCCAUGUGUUCCGCGGAGAGGACCUGGCCCUGGGCGGACGCAGGCUGCUGCACGGUGGGACCGUCAACCACAAGGCUGCCUCUGGCAGACUCAAAGAUAUUCUCGCUGUGCUGCUGUCAGAUGUCCUGUUGUUACUCCAAGAGAAAGACCAGAGAUAUGUCUUCUCUACUGUGGACAACAAGCCGUCAGUGAUCUCCCUCCAGAAGUUGAUUGUGAGGGAGGUGGCCCACGAAGAGAAGGCCAUGUUCCUAAUCUGUGCCUCCCCCAAUGAGCCUGAGAUGUACGAGAUCCACACCGCCUCCAAGGAGGAGCGCAAAACCUGGAUGACACACCUCCGCCAGGCAGUGGAGAGUUGUCAACACACAGAGAGGCUCUUCAGUGAGGAGGAGGACGCUCGAGCCGGCAAAUUCAAAGAGCGCCAAGAUAGUCUGAGCCAGAAGGAUGGCCAGAACGUGGCAGGUCUGACAGAGAAGCUGCAGCUGUUUGCAGACAUGGCAGAGUCCGUGGCUGGUCUUGAGGAUAUGGCCUCACGCGCCCAUCUGCUGCUGCGUGGUGAUGCCUCAGACCUCCACCAGGGGGAGACGCUGCUCAAGGGAGCCAUCACUGAAGUGGAGAACCUUCAGAACCUGUUGUCUGGUGUGACAGAGCUAGCGCCACGUCCAGAGGAGGGGUUAGGGUCCGGGGCUAUGCCCAGGGGGGCAGACACCUUCGAGGGCUACGACAGCAGCCCCACCAUCCUCAACAAGAAAGGCAGUGUGAAGAAGAAGAACUACAGUGGAGGGGACAAGGCCAGAGACAGGAGCCAGAGAGCCCGCGCUGACACCCAGCUUAAGGAGAUUCAGGCCAGCCAGACCCUGGAGCAGCCACCGUUCUUUGACCUGGUGUUGAUGCUGUCUCAGAGACUCUACAGCCUGCAGGCCAUUAUCACCCAGCAAGACAGCCACAUCAAGCUGCAGCGCACCUCCCUCACUGAGCGUGCCUCCUUCCCCGGCCGUCACCGCGGCAAUGUGCUCCUGAAGCAGGAGAAACAGAGGACGCUGGCCCUGCAGAGGGAGGAGCUGGCCAGCUUCCACAAGUUAAAAUUACUGCACCGACAGGAGCAGGCUCGUUGGGAGAGGGAGCGGGAGCGCCACCGGUUGCAGGCAGAGGCCGCAGAGGACAGGCUGAGGCAGAGAGAGGAGGAGUGCAGGAGGCUGGAGGAGAAGAGAGAGGAGCUGGAGAGACAGAGGGAGAUGUACCAACAGGAUCUGGAGAGACUGAGGGAGUCGACCCGCAACGUGAAGAAGGAACACCUGGAGCAAGACAAUCGAGAUUCGAGAAGAAAGAUGAGUUCAAGUGGAAAGUGAGUGUGUCAGAGUAAAAUGACAUGACCUAUAGAAAAUAAAAGAUGGAGGCGUUUUCCGUUCAUUCCAUUCACCACGGAGCUCCGCUGACUAUACCUGUUUCGGAUUAUCUUUGGCGUUGCAUUUGAGGCGCUGUCGAUUCCAAGGUGAUGAAUCCUGGCCCAGGUUCGGAAUUGCAUUCGCUGAUGUUGGCAUUCGAAAUGGCUUUGUGAAAUGAUAACCUAUAUUUAGAGGCUUCAAUUGGGCCUACAUAUUAUUAAGGCUAUGGUUUUGAUUCCUUUGAUGCAUUUGAUUUAUCAACAAAGAAUUUUGUUGUAAUUGAGGGACAAUUUUCUUUUACGAUUUGAAUAAAAUUGAUCAGACAUUUCGUAAAUUCAAAUGCACAUUUUUACUCCUUUUUAGCACCCUGGCAGAUUAACUUGACUAAAUAAAAUAAUUGUUCCCCUGAUAA